UUGAGUCCGUUAUGUUGUUUGCUCACCCUCCGAAUGUAUCCCGUUGUUUAACCUCCUCUGCCGCAGCCAGGUCAUACAACGUUACAUACUCUUGAUAGUAUUAUAUCUAUAUUUCGACAGGGUGAUAUUUUUGUCGUCGGAAUAUAGUUGUUUGUAGUUAGUUUAUCGAGGUUUUCCACCGGUAGAGAGGAAGGAAGCAGCUGGUCGGGUAAUGCUUUCGAUUUAUGCUGGUCCGGUGCGUCUCUGCUGGAGAGGAGAGCCUGGCUCUCUCUGAACCUCCAUCUCCAUCACUGCCAAGAGAUACACAGUUCACCUUAUAACCUGCCAAAUUCAACAAGCUGGUCUAUGUCUCUGUGUGCCUGUGUGCCAACUAUGGAGACCACUCAGGUGACUUUGACUGUCAGAGGAGAAACAUCCCCAGUUACAUUAGGUAAAGGCCGAUUUGAACAUUUCUAGGGGAGGUGAUCGCAGUUGUCGGUAGCUGUGAAGCCCUGGGAAGCUGGAGCCAUGAAAAAGCUGUGACCUUACAUCCUGCUGGUGCUGGGAACGAUGGAAAUGUGUGGACUGCAACAAUCACCGUGCCUAAAGGUGCUGUGUCCAAGUACCGCUAUCUCAAAGGCUUCUUUCUGGAGCCAAAGAUUUCAACCCAUGGUGGCUGACUUCCCUAGAUGGGGAUCCGUGACUAUACCAGCUCUAAAUCCUUUCUGACAAGCUGGUCCGACGAUGGCUUUGAGAUGAUGAGACUGAAAAGUAGUUCAAUGUAUCUGAUUUGAAAACCCUAACAUUGUACCCAACAUUGGAAUUGCAGAGUGCAGGUGGUCCCUGUCAAGUGAUAGUCAAUAUGUGGGAGACCCAUCAACAACCCCGCAUGAUGAGCCCCACAGCAUCACACCAGAAUAUUGACGAUGGACAAUUUGGAAUUCACAACGGUGUGAAGUGUGUUGACUCUGGGUGGCUCACGUGCCAGACAGAGAUUCGCCUACGCCUGCACCAUUCGAAGAUGUCUCCGGUGUCCAUCACUAAGAAGAAAUUCAAGAAGUCUCGCUUCAGAAUCAAGCUGACAUUGGAGGGCUUGGAGGAAGAGGAAGAAGAUGAGGAGGGAGACGAAUUUAGUCCUUCAUCUUUGCACAAGGAGACCACCACUCUGGAGAUCAGUAUGAUAAGUGCCAACGGCUACAAGUCGCGCCACUCGCAGCCUGAAUGUGGCUACGCGCUGGAGCCCUCCCAGUGGACUGAGUACAUUAUCCACACCAUGGUCCCAUACAACCUGGAGCUUACCUUUGAGUUCUUUGAGGAGGAUAUGAGUGAGCACAUGGUCGAGAAGGAUGCUCAUCCCGGACCUGUGGGCACAGCUUGCCUCCUCUCCUCUUCUUUUUCGGAGAGCGGUAAAGACUACGGACUGGCCACGCUACCCAUAAUGAGUCGAAAUUCCAGACAGACUAUCGGGAAAGUCAGAGUGGAUUACCUGGUGAUCCGGCCCAUCCAGGAGUUUCAGUGUGACAUGAGCUCCUCCUUCACCAAGUACUGGAAGAAAAGAAGCACUCUGUCUGUGGGCCACAGAGGAGCUGGCAGCACACAUGCAGCCAAGCACCACAGAGUCAGGGAGAACACAAUAGCCUCAUUCAAAAGCGCUGCCAAUCAUGGUGCAGCCUAUGUAGAGUUUGAUGUUCACCUCUCCAAGGAUGCUGUUCCCAUUGUAUACCAUGAUCUGACUUGCUGCAUAUCCACCAAGAAGAAAAAUGACAAGACUUCUCUGGAGCUUAUUGAGGUGCCAGUCAAAGACUUGACAUAUGAUCAGCUGCAGCUUCUGAAGCUGGCCCACACCACUGCGAUGAAAGAGAACGAUAACAAAGAUCUGCUGGACGACGAAGAGGAAAUCGAUGAACAUCAGCCAUUCCCUUCACUCACACAGAUCUUCCAAGCCAUUCCUGAGCAUGUGGGCUUCAACAUUGAGCUUAAAUGGAUCUGCCAGAUGAAGGACGGGUCAUGGGAUGGCAACCUUUCAUCCUACUUCAACAUGAACACCUUCCUCGACAUCAUCCUGUCCUGUGUUCUGCAGAGAGGCGGGAAAAGACGCAUCGUCUUCUCCUGCUUCGACCCAGACAUCUGCACCAUGGUGCGUCAAAAGCAGAACAUGUACCCCAUCCUCUUCCUGACUCAGGGAAUUUCCGAGAGGUAUCCUGCAAUGAUGGACAUCCGCUGCCAGACCACUCAGAUCGCCAUGAGUUUCGCCCAGAGUGAGAAUAUUCUGGGGAUCAGUGGCCACACUGAGGAGCUGCUAAAGAACCUAUCCUACAUUGGGGAUGCCCAGUCUAGAGGCCUGGUGGUGUUCAGCUGGGGAGAUGACAACAACGAGCACGACAUCAGAAAGCUGCUGAGAGAGCAGGGAAUUGACGGGCUCAUCUACGAUAGUAUCUGUGAGGAGCAAGGAGAGCAGCCAAACAUCUUCCAGGUAGAGGAGCAACACACCCUGCAGGAGGUUAUCACAGAGGAGACCCGAAAUAGCUCCUCCUGCUCCUGCUACUCCAUCCCCUGCUCCAUGGCUCCCUGCCUGGCCUCCAAGACCCGCGCCGGCAGCGGAGAGUCCGACUCCGGCCUCAGCUCCUCGUAACUGUCCCCCAAAACUGAACGUACACACUCAAGAGCCUAUUAAGUGUGGAUGUGCAGUGAGGUCUUGGAGGACCAGGGUGGGGGGAUGGAUGAUCAAAACAAAAUAAACCAUUGAAAAUCAUUUCUUUACGCCCUUCAUACAUAAUCACAAUAGUAAAACCAGUUAAAUCAUCUCCACUCUACUCAAUCAUAGAUUUUGUCUAUCGUCUUGCAUAUUCACAAAAGUAUUUGUUAUUUAUGCUUUCUAUUGAAAUAAGUGGAUGCUUUGCCAAAACAUUAAGGCAGCCAUGUUUUAAUUUGUUUCCUUCAGAAUAGUCUGUACAUAGGUCUUUUUUAAUAUUGGAAAAAUGUCAAAUUUCAAACUACAUCUCAAUGGGUAUUUAUUUAGCGGAUAUGUUGCACCACCUCAUAGUCUAAGUGCUCAAAUGUAAUGAGUAUGAUAUUUUAUGGGUAUAAAAAGUGUAACUGCAAAUUGUAUGUCAAAGUUUAUGAUGAUGAAGCAUUAUGCUGUUUUUUCUGUUUCUGAUGCUAUGUCUUUUCUGUGCAUGUAGCCAUUACCUUUAGUGUUAUUUCAAAUAGCAAUGAGGUUCGGCAGAGAAAUCAUUUGGAUGAAGGUGCAGGUUGCCAUUAAUAAAUGUCCACCUCUUUGUGGAUAGUCUACAGCAAUUUAGAAGAAGCCUUCAUGAUUGAUGUUUUUCCUUUUGAGUUGACUUGAAAGCACUUGCUCCUCCUUUUCACGCCUCCUGCUUACCGACUUUUAACAGCUAUUGUAAAUUACAAACUGCAUUCUGGAUGUACUGUAUCCUUUAUUCUGUUUAUGUACAUGACAAGGGAAAGCAGAAGAAUGUUUUAUUUGUGACAAUGCACAUACCACAGCCUUAAGGAGGGAGAAAAUCAGGUCUGUUUCAGUUUUUAAAACCGCCAAUACCUCACUCAUCAUCUAUUAGAAUAGACUUGAGUUGAGAUGUGUGUACAGAAUGAACACAUAACGUGUUACUUCCCUCCUAUAAAUCCUGUUUAACUUCACAACACCCAUCCUUUUUAUUGCAUGGAAGAUCUUUUUUUUUUUUUAGACAAAAAUUAUGCUUGAAAUAAUUCAUCAUUUGCAUAUUGAUAUGGUGUAUUACAUGUAAAGUAUGUAUGGCAAUGGAUUUUCUGAUACAUAUACUUUAAUGGAUUGUAGUACGUAAGCUACUCGCCACAGAACAUUACUCAAUAAAAAACAACUUGAUUUUA